AAACUUUCUUACGACUUCAAGAGCAUUCGAAAUAUUUUCUUUUUCUCUUUUCUUUGUUUUGGUUUUGAAGCCGCGGGAGUCAUCACGUCACCCUGCACGCCACACGCACUCGCGUGCAAGGAAAAACCGAAGAAAGAAAACAACUGACGGCCUCGAUGGGAUCAUACUGAAUACGUUGUUGCUCUGAUUUCACGCUAACUUUAGAAGUUGGGUUGGUGAUGCUGACGUGGACGGUCCAGAUGCAACUGGACCGAGUCCUCGAUGAGAAUGAGCCACGCGCUUUUCGUCCAGUGCGAGGGCCAUAAAUAUCUGAAGGAGCCAUUUGCGUUUCUAUCAAACUCUCGUCGUUGCAUUGAAAAGAAAGCGCCAUUUUAAGUUGUAACCCUCAAGAAAAAGGCAGAUAAAGGCAAAACCCAUUUCGGUUUCUAGGAAUUUAGGGGUUGUUUGUUUCACUCGUUUGCAUUGCUGGUAUUGGAAAAUCGACAGAGGGAGAGAAAAUGCCGGGAGAUAGGAAGAUUGGGGUGGCCAUGGACUUCUCCAGUAGCAGCAAGCUCGCUCUUCAAUGGGCGAUAGAUAAUCUGGCAGACAAGGGAGACCUCCUUUACAUCAUCCACAUCAAAUCUAGCUCGGGUGAUGAGUCUCGUGACGUUCUCUGGACCACCCACGGUUCUCCUCUCAUUCCCCUGACGGAGUUUCGUCAACCAGAGAUCAUGAAAAAGUACGGUGUCAAAACAGAUAUCGAAGUUCUCGAUACGCUUGACACUGCUUCCAGACAGAAAGAGGUGAAGAUUGUGACGAAACUGUACUGGGGAGACGCGAGAGAUAAGCUGUGCGAAGCGGUUGAAGAUCUGAAGCUGGACUCUCUGGUUAUGGGAAGCAGGGGUCUGAGUACCAUCCGAAGGAUAUUAUUGGGGAGUGUGACCAACUAUGUGAUGACGAACGCAACUUGUCCUGUUACCAUCGUCAAGGAUCCAAGCUCCCACAAGCAGUGAUUAUAAAAAUUUGGAUCCAAUUGCAACUUAUACCUAUAAUUUCCAGUAUUGUAGUGUUUACUGUUUUAAUGCGCUCUGAAUUUGUACUCUGGAUGCUGUUUCAGAUUGACUGGAUGGCCAAAUGAUUGUUAUACCUUCACUAUGUAAGUAAAAUAAUGGAUUUGCUUGCGGGCUUCUGUCCGGUUAAUUAUAUUAUAUCUGUGCUUGAAAUCA